AUGAGCAACCCUACUACCACAACCACUCGCCCCCCUAUAACUUGCCACGUCCUCGACACUACAACUGGCCGGCCCGCAGCCAACCUCUCUGUCAAGCUCUCUUGCGUCUCUCUCCCUGAGAUCGAAUUUGUCGGCACAACUAAUGCCGAUGGAAGGAUAGCAGCGUGGGCGAAUACGCAGGGUGAGAAUGGGAAGGAGGGAGAGUAUGUAGUGAAUAAGGGAGGUGUGUUAGGCGCGUUGGGGGCGAUCAUUGAGGAGGCUGCUCUGGUGGAGGAGCUGGGUGCUAGAGGACCCCCUGGAUCAAGUCUUUGGAAAUUACGGUUUGAUACUGGGGCGCAUUAUGGGGUUGGAAAAACCUUCUUUCCUAUUGUCGAACUCUCUUUUCUGGUUGUCAAAGGCGAACAUUUCCAUGUACCUCUCCUGCUCGGUCCAUACAGCUUUACGACAUACAGAGGAAGUUAG